AGGGCGGGCCGGGGCGGGCUGCGCCGCGGGGCCGACCGGCGUCAGAGCCCUGCUGGGCGGCGAGGCCGCGGGAUGGGGCGGGUGCAGCUCUUCGAGAUCCGCCUGAGCCACGGCCGCGUAGUCUACAGCCCAGGGGAGCCGCUGGCCGGGACUGUGCGCGUGCGCCUGGGAGCGCCGCUGCCCUUCCGAGCCAUCCGAGUGACGUGCACAGGUUCCUGUGGGGUGUCCAACAAGGCCAAUGAUGCAGCUUGGGUGGUGGAGGAAAGCUACUUCAACAGCUCCCUGUCGCUGGCUGACAAGGGGAGCCUGCCCGCUGGAGAACACAGCUUCCCCUUCCAGUUCCUGCUUCCUGCCACAGCACCCACAUCUUUUGAGGGUCCUUUUGGAAAGAUUGUACACCAGGUGAGGGCCACCAUCGACACGCCACGCUUUUCUAAGGAUCACAAGUGCAGCUUUGUGUUCUAUAUCUUGAGCCCCCUGAAUCUGAACAGCAUCCUGGACAUUGAGCAACCCAACGUGGCCUCUGCCACGAGGAAAUUUUCCUACAAGCUGGUGAAGACAGGCAGCGUGGUCCUCACGGCCAGCACUGACCUCCGAGGCUAUGUGGUGGGGCAGGUGCUGCGGCUGCGUGCCGACAUCGAGAACCAGUCAGGAAAAGACACCGGCCCCAUGGUGGCCAGUCUGUUGCAGAAAGUGUCCUAUAAGGUCAAGCGCUGGAUCUACGAUGUGCGGACCAUUGCAGAGGUGGAGGGUGUGGGUGUCAAGGCCUGGAAGCGGGCACAGUGGCAGGAGCAGAUCCUGGUGCCUGCCUUGCCCCAGUCAGCCCUGCCAGGCUGCAGCCUCAUCCACAUUGACUACUUUCUGCAGGUAUCCCUGAAGGCGCCUGAGGCCACUGUGACCCUCCCGGUCUUCAUCGGCAAUAUUGCUGUGAACCAGGCCCCACUGAGCCCCCCGGCAGGCCCAGGGCCACCUCCUGGGGCCCUGCCUCCAGCAGUGCCUUCUGCACCACCCCAGGAAGAGGCUGAGGCUGUGGCUGGUGGCCCCCACUUCAUGGACCUGGUCUCCCUGUCCACCAAAAGCCACUCACAGCAGCAGCUGCCACCUGCCACGCUGGAUUCUGUACCUGGUGCCCCUGAGCCUGGUCCUCAGGAUUGUAGCCCUACCCCCCACCCAUUAGCCCCUCCCCUGUGCAUCUCCACAGGUGCCACUGUCCCCUACUUUGCAGAGGGCUCUGGGGAACCUGUGCCUGCCAUCAGCACCUUAGUCCUCCCACCAGAAUACAGUGCAUGGGGCUACCCCGAAGGUGAGUGGAGACCCCAGGACCUGAUGCAGGGGAUGCCACUGCUCCAUGCAGACCCAAUUUUCUCCCCACAGAGGCCCCGCCAUCCUAUGAGCAGAGCUGCAGUGGUGCCGAUCCCGGCAUGACUCCCAGGAACAGACCUUCAGGAGUUGACUCCUAAGCUGCCUUCUCCAGGCUGGCCUGGCCUCUACUCUGGGCCUGCAGCACCCAGGGCCUCGUGCCUUCACUCCCAGCCUGGCCUGGAACACUCAGAACCUGCUCAGCCUCUGCCAGCGCCCUGGAGUCAGCCCUCCUUUCCCUGGGCUAGGCUGGGCUGGGGUUGUGGGGAGCUUGGACCCGGAGAGACUACUCAGUAAAUAAAAGCUUUGUUUGGAGA